AUCGGCGACAAAGUUCGAAUACAUCAGGCUACGGCCUUGAACUUUACAUUGACCUUAAACAUGAGCGAAGUGAAGAAAGCACAGACUGCCUCGCCGGGCGAGGAUACCAUCUUCGGGAAGAUUUCCCGCGGAGAAGUUCCUUGUAAAUUCAUUUACGAGGAUAAUCAGUGUAUGGCCUUCAAUGACAUGUCCCCACAAGCACCUGUCCACUUCCUGGUGAUCCCACGCAAACCCAUCCCUAAGAUUGAGGAUGCUACUGAGGAGGAUGAACAGUUACUUGGUCAUAUGCUGUUUGUUGCUAAGAAGGUUGCCAUGCAACAGGGGCUGGAAAAUGGCUACCGUCUGGUUAUAAACAAUGGGAAGGAUGGUGCACAGUCGGUGUACCAUAUCCACAUCCAUGUGAUGGGAGGACGACAGAUGGGCUGGCCACCAGGUUAAGGUCAUCAGAGUUCAAGGUCACAGGGUCACAGCCAUCAGCGAAAAUGACUUCUAUACAAAGAAGAUCUUUAUAGAGAACAAGAUUUCAACCAGAUGUUGUUUUUUUUUUUUCAUUGACUUUCUAGACAAGUGACCUUUGGAGAAAGAAAACAAUAUUAAGCAGUUUUGUUAUUUUUCCUGAUUUUUUUUUAUUAUCAGUCACCUUGGGUGUCUUCUAUCUUGCCUUUUAUUUUAAUAAUAAAUUAGAAAUUAUUAAUAAUAAUUUUGAAAAUUGAUGGAUCAGAUAUCUUAUCAACGAUGCCUGACAUGUUUCUGCUUUGGUGUUCUGUAAGACAGAGAAAUUCAAGUUUUGAAUCAUAGUGAUACAUUUCAUACUGAUAUGCUUUUUGUCAUAAUUUACUGUGUCUAAGCUGUCUUAUUCUUAAUUUUGGCCAUAUGUGUUCAUAAAGCAGAUUUUUGUAAAACUUGUUACUCACCUUUUGUUAGUGGUAAUUCAUUAAUACUCAGAAUGUUUGCGACCUGUUCGUUACUUUAUUACAUUUUUUUUUACUUAUUCAAGAUUCUGAUCAGUAAAUAAAGUUUUUUUAGCCCAAUCGAUAGGUGUUUGGAGGGCCUAUUGGCCCAUCCAUACCAGCAGAGUAACUUCCCUUUGUUGUGGUAUGGGGUACAGCCAUAUUGUGGUGGUACUGUUAAAUCUAUAUCUAUACCUAUAUACUUAUAUAAACAGAAGAAAUGUUUUGAAGAUAUUGUGAAUAACUCUUUUCAUUGUGUAUGCUAAUUUUCAAUUGCUGGUGCAGUGCCCUUUGACCAAUAAAUCUUCUUUGCUAUAAA